UUUUCGAAUUAUUUAAAACGUGUAGUGAUCAAAAAGAGACGGUUUCUGUCGCGUCACAUUUAAAUAAGAAUAUUUUUGACGCUAAAUUUUUUUGUCAAUAAAUCGAUGCGAAAGAAUGUCGGUAUGUUUAAACAGAUCGCUUAAAAAACGAUUUUUGUAUUGGUAUCACGUCACCAACGUGAAAACCGGCCAACUGGAUGUUGUUAAAUAUUACACGCUAAAUUGAAUGAAGCGUUCCGUUAGACUUUUUUUGGUAGGUGGUCUGACCAUCUUGUUGAUCGAAUAACAGACAAUGAAAUCAGUUAAACCGUGAGAUGUUGAAAGGGCAUUUAAUUGGCAUAAUAGUCCGGAUUCUUUUAGCCUUAUUAAACAAUCAACAAGGUGACCAAAAUCUCUAGAAUGGUGGAAAAAGUCGAAAAAGUUUACAGUUUUAUGGGCGGAUUCACAUAUAAUUUUCGUGCACAUGAAGCAGUAUGGCUGCCAGCAGGACGCGAUACUAUUGAAAAGAUGAAUUGUGCAGAAAACUACAAAGACCUGCUGCUCUAUCUUGAACAAGUCCAGGUCCAGGCUGAUGCUACAAACGCAGACACUUCAUCUAGUACGAGUGAAAUCAACAACACUUUUACAAAAGAUGCCGAAGUAUCUGUCCAAAAGAAACCUCCCAAAACUAUGCCAUUUCAGAACGGGUUGUCAAAAAUCGAAGAAGAAAACAUCAAGAACAAUUCGAACCCGAACUCGAACCACGGUUCUAUAACACCAACAUCCGAUCCUGAAGAUAUCGAGCUGAAUUUGAAGAUUUUGGUGAAGCUUAACGAAGCAAUCAAGUCCGACCUAUCUGAGCUUUUGGCCAAUUACGAUCUAAAUCAGAAAACGCAAAACCUAUGCAACGGCACCGCGUCGUUUAAUGAAUACAGACAUAUCAAUGAAUAUCAGGAUGAUGCGUUCAGUCAUUUUGAAAAUCUCAGCUACGAAGAUAAAAGAUCUACAGAUAUUGAGACUUUGUCGGACUUAGGCUCCAUCUCGCUCUCAACAAUUAGCAAUCCUCACGUAGCUACCCAGACAUCACCUUCGCCUUCAGAAAGCUCUACUAAUUUAACUUGGGCAUCUAGUUCUCCAGGUUCUGACACAGAAUCAUCAGAAAGUGAUUAUUUGUCUUAUUCAAAACGGGUUUUUACCAAUGGCAAGUCUAGUUCAGCCCCCAUUUUGGAGAAGGUAUCACCUUCAUUACAAGUGAGCAGGCAGUCCCGUUCACAGUCCGACCGACACCUGGCCGAAAUCGAGGCAGCUGAAGCAUGCAAAUGGCUCCGAGCUACUGGCUUCCCUCAAUAUGCCCAAAUGUACGAAGAUAUGCAAUUUCCCAUCGACCUUUCCCAAGCCGAACAAGACCACACUUUUUUGGAACCUGACGAUUUAAAUUCUUUAUUUCGCCGACUUCAAAUCUUAAAUAGCUGCGCUAAUUUGCAUCAGCAACGAGUCACGCAUACUGAUGAGUCGGAUGACGAAUACUGUGCGUUGAGCGAUAAGUGGACUUUCCAAUCAGAUACAAGAAGAUGGUCUAGGACAUGCUCCAAAGGACCAUAUCCAAACCUCGAAGAAAUUAAUAAGCGCAUUGAAAGUGGCAGUUUUUCCAGUCAGGAAAAAGAUGACGUUUUCGAAAAAUGUACACAGAGUCCUAAAGAACGCCUACGUAGAGCUGGUUCAAGUAAAUUUAGACGGAGAAGGCAGGGUGUGUUUCUUAGCGAAAGAGAACCUACCUUAGAAAAUAUAUCCCCUAUAAAUAGUUUAAAAAUACUAGAAAUAAACCAUAUAUCCGAUUCGGAAAUAACACCAAGACACCAACGAAAGGUUCGGACAAAAAGCUUUGACAAAACAGACACUUGGCUUCAUUCUCCUCACGAAGUUGAUCGUGUCAUUUGGCAGAAUCUUCCUGAAACCGGGGCGACGCAGCUAGAAGAAUCAGAAGACGACCAUAAACCAACAGGAGAAGAAAUACCACUAAACCAACUUUCAGCCACGCAACUACAGAUGCUGAGGAAGUUAGCUUUGCUCAAGUUGACAGCUCACAUGGAGAAGCACUGUCCUUCACACCGGAGCGGAUGGAAUUGGGACUUACCUAAGUUCAUUAGGAAAAUGAAAGCUCCAGUUUACAAAGAUAAAAACGUAUUUGGCGUACCUCUAACAAUAACACUGCAAAGAACGGGCCAAGUACUACCGAGAAAUAUUGAAGAGGCGUUGCGUUGGCUCCAGCAGAACGCCACGGAUCAAGUCGGGAUUUUUCGAAAACCCGGAGUCAAGUCGAGAAUUCAGGCUCUGAGGAAUCUGGUGGAAUCUAACGUAUGCGUCGACUAUUCCGAUCAGCAAUCGUACGAUGUGGCCGACAUGGUGAAGCAGUACUUCAGGGAACUACCCGAGACCUUACUCACGAACAAGCUCUCAGAAACUUUCAUCUUAAUAUUUCAAUACGUGCCCGUUUAUUUGAGACGGGAGUCCGUCCUUUGUGCGCUACUUUUGAUGCCUGACGAGCACAUCGAGGUGUUGCAAGCACUUCUGCAUUUUCUACUUCUGAUCGCCAAGCACUCGGAGAUCAAUCAGAUGAACGAGAGCAAUCUGGCGAUGUGUUUCGCACCAUCCUUGUUCCACUAUUCACAGACCUACAAGCAAAACGUCGGAUCGCCACAUCCUAAGGAGCUAGCCGAAAAUAAAGCAGGAUACGACUGCUUGUACUACUUCCUCAAGAACUUCAACAGGCUGUUUAAAGUGCCCCAAGAGUUCAUCAAACAAUGCAAGUCAAGCGAGCUGAAAGACUGCAAAGCCAAGCUGUUAAGCGACCUGGGAAGCAAAAACGGCGGCUGGAAGGAAUAUCUGAAAGAAUGCGAAUCCAAUCUACUAAAAGAGGCAAAAGAAAAACAAAGAGGAUGGAUCAGUGUGUCAUCUUUUCACCCUCGAGUCGAAAUAGCUUACAAGAAAGUAGCCGAUGGAAUCCCACUGCGCUUAUGGAAGGUUACAGCAGAAAUAGAGGCUCCUCCUUCAGAAGUACUGCACAGACUUCUCAGAGAAAAACACGUAUGGGAUCCGGAACUGCGCUCAGCGAAAAUUGUAGCUCAGCUGGAACAAAAAAGCGAAAUUUUUCAAUACGUCCGUGCCAGUAUAACUCCCCGUCCCGCUGAAGAAUACUGCAUAGUACGAACAUGGCGAACAAAUCUACCCAAAGACGGUUGUUUGCUCAUCGAGACGUCUGUGGAGCAUCCAGAGGCACUUCCUGUGCCUCACUCGACCAGAGGAUUAAUUUUGGCCUCCAGGUAUCUUAUCGAACCCUGUGGAUCCGGGAAAUCCCGACUUCUUCAUUUAUCCAGAGUAGAUACGAUGGGGAGAUCUCCCGAAUGGUACCAGAAGCACUUUGGUCAUUUGCAGGCGUCGUUUGUAGCGAAUGUUCAAAGUUCAUUCUCGAGUCACCAGAAUACGUUAGGGCCAGAAAGCAAAGUAUAGAACUGAGCCAUAAAUAUGGGUUUAUACCGAACCAAAGAUUGUACAUAAAAUUAGCGCGAGGACUUAUCUGUAUACAUUAAAAUCAUUUUGUAAUGACGGUGUACCUUCGGACAUUAUGUUGUAAAUAUUUUCCAUAUUUCGGUACAAAAGAGAGCAUCACAAAAAAAAUCUAUUUAUUUUAAGUUCCAUUUUAUAUAAAUAUUAAAAUUCCAAUAACGUUACCAUAACUUGUCAGAAUAUACCUAGUAUAUAGCUAAGCGUAUAUUUUUAGUCAUAUAUUUUUUUAUAAUUUAUAUUUUAUAAAACUGACUAUUAAUAAAAUCUCAAAUAACUGGGUACUAAGACGUUGAGGUACCCACUUGUCACGUGUCAUACUAGUCAUUGCAUAACAUUAUUUCUAAAUAGAUUAUUAUACAUUUUUAAAAUUCAAACAUUUACUUAAAUUACCAUUUAGAGAAGAAAAAGAUGAUUACGGGCCAGUAUUGUAUAAAACUUGUAUAUUAUUGUUAACAUAUUAAUAAAAGAGCUAUUUCUUA